CGGUAGUAACGGUGCAUAAAGUGUGCUGCACCCACGGGAUCGGCUCCGCUGCAGUGUUUCCCACCACGCUGAACGGGGCUUUGUUAUCACCGAGGAGCAGCAGCAGUACUAACUUUGCCAUGGCGGAGUGGCCAACUUGUUGAUUUUCUUUUUGUUUCGUUUUUCACUCGGGGAUGUGAAGAUGCCACAUUCUUUCAGCUCCCUCCCUACUGAAACUCACAUCUCAAAAACCUUCCCCCUGGACCUGUUCUCCACCAUCACACACCCUACAGAGCCUUACACAGCAGACGGCUUCAUCCUCAGUCUCAGUAACAUCAGCAACAUUAGUAGGGCGGGCAACCUUCGCUGCACCUACAAGGAAGAUUUUAAGCGUGUUUUACUUCCUGCUGUGUACACCAUCGUCUUCCUGCUCGGGAUUCCUCUCAAUGCUGCCGUCAUACUGAAGAUAUGGAGGAAGAGGCCCAAUUUGUCCAGAAACAACAUCUACAUGCUCAACUUGGCCGUAGCUGACUUUCUGUAUGUGAUGUCGCUUCCUUUACUCAUCUACAACUAUGCCAGUCAUGACUACUGGCCCUUUGGGGAGUUUGCCUGUAAGAUGGUCAGGUUUCAGUUCUACAGCAAUCUGCACGGCAGUAUCCUGUUCCUCACCUGCAUCAGCGUGCAGCGUUAUCUGGGCAUUUGCUAUCCUCUCUCAGUGUGGCACAAGCAGGGUGGUCGCAGGAUGGCGUGGUGUAUCUGUGGAGGGGUGUGGCUGGUGGUUUCCAUCCUGUGCGCGCCAACUUUCUACUUUGCAGCAACGGGGCAGCAGCGCAACCGCACUGUGUGCUACGAUUUGAGCACACCGACACGCUCGGUAGACUACUAUCCUUACGGCAUGACUCUGACGUGCCUUGGCUUCUUGUUGCCUUUCAUAGGAGUGAUGGUUUGCUAUUGCAGGAUGGCCCAGAUCCUCUGCCGCCCAGUGUCCUACCAGGGUGUCUCCAUAACGCCCGGGGAGAAACGAGACAGGGCGGUGAGGAUGAUCAUUAUCGUGGCUGCGGUGUUCUGCAUAAGCUUCCUUCCAUUUCACCUCACAAAGUCCAUGUACCUGGUGGUGCGCACCCUGCCUGAGGCACCCUGCACAAUGAGAAACUUGUUUUCAGUUAUCUAUAAGAGCACCAGACCGUUUGCCAGCAUGAACAGCUUCCUGGACCCUAUUCUGUUUUACUUCACACAGCCACGCUACCGCCAGAGCACCAGGAGGUUUCUGGUCAGAGUAACCACUCUGAAGGACAGGGGCAGCAGUGUGUGAGCAAACAGUACUUCUUAAAGCCCCGUUAAGCUCUGAAACCCAGAGAUGCAUUAGUUUUCGUUCUUUCGUUUUUUUUAAAAACAAGUUUCCUAAGCGGUUGUCCUUCAGGCUUUUAUCUAUUACUGACUAAAAAAAAAAAUGUGUUGAAUAACCGUCUGUCUGAAGAAGCCAUCUGAAAUGCCACAUAAGAACUAAAAUCAGUGUUAUGUAAACUGAAAACAUUGACCGUGUCCUGCUUGCAUUGGCUUGAACUGGGAAUUGUUAUCACACAGACUGCGUUUGAUUGUGAGAAUUCAGGCAUUUUGGAUUAUUACAGUGGAUGGGGAAUACUGUAACACUGAAGCUCUUAUCAUAACAUCCUGAACAUCCUCGACUUUGUAAUGUUUACUUUUAAGCUCCACUGUACUGUUUUGUUGUUUUUUUUAAUUAGUGAAAUCCCUGAUUUUUUUUUAUCAAUGUGCUUUUUUUUUUUGCAUUUUAUUACACACUGUGAUGUGUACUUUAAAUUAAAUUAAAAUUGUUAUAUGAUGUGUUAUUAUAGAUGUGCAUUGUGUUGAAUUGAAAUGCAAUUGAAAAGAGGACAAAACUGUUAAUUUUAACUUUCAUUUUAGGAUAAAAUCCACUAUAGCACUGUUUUUUUUUUUUUUGUGGUGUUUAUGGUAGCACGUUA